AUGUCACUCACAAAUCCCAUCCGCCGAGUGGCUGUUAUUGGCGCUGGGCCAUCUGGCCUGGCUUCAGUCAAGUACCUGCUCGCGGAGAAACACUUCGAUCAAAUCGAGGUUUUUGAGCAAAGAAGCUCAGUCGGUGGAGCCUGGAACUACAACCCAAGUUCAUCCAAGACCGGGAUGUCAACUACUGUUCCUCAUCUAACCCCCCACGAGCCACUCGAGAAGCCGAUAUGGAUCGAUGGGGCCGAGGGAAAGCGUGAGGCAACUUUCGUGUCUCCGCUUUAUGAUCUACUGGAAACCAAUAUCCCUAAGGAAUUGAUGCGUUACUCAGACCAGGAAUGGCCAUCGGAGACCCAGCUCUUCCCCAAACACCGGACGGUGAAGCAGUACCUUGAGGAUUAUGCCAAGGAUAUCAAAUCGCUCAUUCAAUUCGAGACCCAGGUAUUGGAUGUGAAACUCAAGGAUGCAUGCUUGAGCACCUGGGAUUUAACAUCAAAGAAUCUUCAUACCGGCGCUGAAAUAACUCGGACUUAUGAUGCAGUUGUGGUUGCAAGCGGUCAUUUCACCGUCCCUUAUCUACCGGGUACCCUAGGUAUGGAGGUGUGGGAUGCAUCUUACCCUGGGACUAUCUCCCAUUCCAAAUUCUAUGACUCACCAGAAACCUUCCGGGGUAAGAAGGUUGUUGUGGUCGGCAGCUCUGCUUCAGGUCUUGACAUUGGUGCCCAAAUCAACGAAGUGAGCAAAGGCAAAGUGGUAGUUUCCCAGAAGUCCGAAUCAUAUUUGGCUGCAUCUUCGGCUGGCAAUCAAAUCACUUGCCCAGAGAUAGUCGAGUUUCUUCCCCCGACAACACAUAACCGAGGCAUCAAAUUUGCAGACGGCCGCAUUGAAGAACAGAUCGACGCAAUUGUUUUCUGUACUGGUUAUUUCUAUUCAUUCCCUUUCUUGUCUUCGCUCAACCCACCAGUUGUCACCCACGGAUGGCGAACGACAAACAUAUAUCAGCAAUUAUUUUAUACAGAGCACCCGACGCUCGCGUUCCCUGUUCUUCCGCAACGGGUCAUUCCGUUCCCCAUGGCAGAGGCCCAAGCUGCUGUAUUCUCUCGUGUGUGGUCUGCGCGGCUUACACUUCCGCCCAAAAAUACUAUGCGAGAAUGGGAGGAUGCUGAAAUCAACAAGAAAGGGGAUGGGAAAGCAUUCCAUAUCCUUCACUUUCCCGCGGAUGCAGAUUAUCUGAACUUCCUCCACGACUGGGCGAAAAAGGCGAAUUUACGCCCAGGCUUGUCAAAUGAUGGACAAGGCAAACUCGGUCCUCGGUGGGCUGGACCUACAAUCACAAUUGAUAGUAGUGACAGCAGCGAUAAUAGCGAAGCAGAGGACGAGUGGCCUAUUAAGAGCAUCCUUCGCGAAACCGAUACACAUUACCUCAUUGACUGGGAGGGUCCUUACGAGCCAACUUGGGAACCCAAAGAGAACGCCAGCGAGCUUGCUAUUGAGAUCUGGGAAAAGUGGAAAGCCCGCAAUUCAAGAGCUGGUCCGAUUAUCAUCUCCUCUGAUAGCAGCUUAGAUCCAGAGGUUCACAGCAGCAUCCCCAGCAGCAACCCCAGUCGCAGUCACAACCCCGGCCAAUUUCAGAGUGAAGACGCCAAACCUCUGAGUGAAGAGUGUGAUCUCAGCUCAGCAGCGUCCUCGGCAUUGUUUGUAAAGCAGGACGAUCUUCCGGAAAUACUUGAAUCCAUUGAAGCUCGGCUCAUCAGAGCUUCAACACCCGCUCGAGCGUCCCUUGAUUAUUCCUCAGACGACUCACGACCACGACACCGCUCUUCUUCUUUUGAGACUAUAUCCGAAGCUUCUCCGCCCCCCGAGAACCUCCCACCGGCCGAGUGUGAAGAAGUCGCUGCAGGUGAUACGCUGCAAAAUACUCAAGUGCAGGGUGUCCCGACUUCUGAUCUGAAUUCUUUGAUCUUUGACUGCUGCGAGUUCCCCCAAGCCGUUGGCAGAGAGCCUCUGCACUCGCAAUUCAAUAAUAAUAGCACCUUGGUGUCAGUUAUUCGAAACACACCAGGCACCUACAAAGGUUUCAAAGCUAGCGAAGUAGCCGAGACGCCUACUCGUUCACCAUCUGCGAAAAGCAAUAUCUCGAUUGACACUCCCAAUCUUUACAGCACAUUGAUCUCCCAGCCUUUCCCAUCACGUGGUCCGAUUGAAGAAGCGAAAAUCCCAAAAACAAGAUACUUCGGCACGAUCCCAGAAACCAUCUUCCGUCCUUCACAGCAACGAAAAUUGAGUGGAAAAGCUCUUGAUCAACCGAGGCAUUCAUUUUCUAGCCUUUUUCCUGCACGGUCAUCACGCCAAGCGAUGGAUGAAAAAGAGACCAAGCCCCCGCUCGGUGAUCUACCAGGGUCUACUCCAAGAGAAAGGAUUCGCAACGCAUGGGCCCAACUGAACGUAGAGCCCCAAUCCGUGGGAACUCAAAUGGCCAGUGGUAUUGACACUCCAUCAUCGGUGGGGGAUAUCGAGGCAUCAAUGCCAGUGACGGUCCCUGAAACAACCGCACCACUCAGUGUCAGAGCUGAGGCGAACCCGUUUUCCCACACUGCAGUUCAUCAUGCUCAUUCGUCUCUACUGCCACCGUCAGAGCUAGCCCAUGGUCAUCUAGGUCAACCCUCGAUGCAAACUAUUCAUCCAAGUGCAUUGACGGCCACAGGCAGGGAAGAAAUCGUGCCAGGAUCGGUCCUCCUCGGGCCCUCCGAAUUUGCUGUCACUCUUCCAAUGGACUCUCGGGUGAAGGAUGACUAUGAACGAGUGUUGGCAGACGCAGCCACAAGCAUUCGCCGGUUCUUCGUUGGUUUCCAGUCUGAUAGCCAAAUACCAGUUUCUGAGCGGGAACAUCUCCAACAAAAGAUGCGGGAGGUUGUUAUGCAGCUGAACAACGUUUCAACUCAUCCAGACCUUAACAUUGCAAAUCAUCUCAAAGACUCUGAUUCAGACCCUGAGAAAGAGGCAUCCUGGGCCGAAUACUCCAGUGCCAAGUUCCUUUUCCUUGGUCAUCUCAUGGAUGCAGUGGAAACGCAUGAGCUUCAUCUGAUCAUUGCGGUUCAAGACGAGAAGAAACAGGCAGUUAUUGAGCGUUAUCUGCUAGGGAAAGGCUUUGCAUACACCAGACCCCGCGAAGGCAUGGGCCGCACUCUGGAAGUAUCCUUGUCGAGGGGGCCACUCAGCUUUGGUAUCCAUUCCAGCGAGAGCGUGCGCGAACUUUACAAGCCACCAUCUGCCAUUUUUGCAUUCGAUGCUUCCUUCAACCCUAAGAGCCCGUCCAUGCAGCACAUCCGAACUACCUAUGCCCGAAACGGAAACUUGCUCCCUGUUAUCUGGUUCCUCGUUGCGAACACCAGUGAACACAUCCAACGCUGUUUGCCGGAUUUGCCCGAGCCAGAGCGAUUGCGUUGGCUUGUUCAUUACACUGCCCGUUUUCAUGACGAGGUCGGUGAUCUCCAGGAUGAUGCGCUGGGUGUACAUGAGGACGCCGAAGAGAUUCUCACAUACCUCCUGGAUAGUGUUGCCGGCUGGCCACUUGCCACGAUUGAGCCUUUGGCUUUUGUGUCCAAGGAGGAACUGGAGUCGUCGACUCCUUCAUCUGGCUCUUCACUCCCACAAACCCAGAAACGGUCACUAGACGAUGAAAUUGAGGAUCACACGUCAAAGCGCGCACGAGUCGAUACUCAAGAUAACAGUCAAUGGACCGAGUCAACCAAACCUCCAAGCCAAACAUUGUAUCACGAUUUGGAGUCACUGGAGAAAGUUCUCAUCCAGACGAAGCACGCCCACGCGACUGAGAAAGAGCAAUUGCAGACAGAGUUAGCUCAAGUGCGUGCUCAGGCGAAAGAAAUGGAGCUGGCAUUCGGCAAACUACAACACCGAUUCGAGACUCGGACCGAACAAGUCCACACGACUCGCAAAGAGCGUGAUGCAUUGGCUGCGUACAAAACAACCCUUGAGCAAAACCUUGAAAAGCGGGAGCGGGAGGUAUUCACUUUGAAAGAAGAAAAGAAAGUACUCAGGCAAGAACUCGAAGAAACCAGAGAAACAAUCAAAGCUGGCGGUGGCAGCGCUGCUGAACUGGAGACAGCACGCGGUGAAAUCCGUCGCCUAACUACGGAAAAUGAGGACCUCAGUCGCAAGGCUACUUACGAAGCAAAACGGUCUGAAUAUACUAGAGAGCAGUAUCAAACUGCAUCUACAGCGGCAGCUCAAUCAGGCAAUGAAAGCCGUCUACUGACAUCCGAAAACGAGGAUUUGAAGCGCAAAGCCGAUCAGAACAAGCUCAAACUUCGCGAACUGAACAUCAAGGACAACACUGCUCGCCAUCUCGCUCGGAACAAAGAGCUGGAAUUGACCUUAGCGGCGCGUGAUGAACUCCUACGCAGAAAGGAAGAGGAGCUUCGUGAAAUCCGCAAAAACCGACCAUCCACCCGCUCAACGAGCACUCAGCCGCGAAGCCCUAAGAUCUCCGCCAGCAGUCGUCCAACUAGCCCAGGUGUUGGCUAUAACGGCAAUGGCCACAACGGUGGUCUUCCGGGUAGAGGCAGCGCACUGCGAUUUAGCUCAGAAAUGCGGUUCUGA